UCUGAGGGAGGAGGGGCUGGUUCUGAGAGGCAGCUGGUGUCUCCCUUUUCCUACUCCACAGAGCCACCGCCUCCAGAAUCCAGAACUGUCAAUGGAGUGUCUUCCCCACCACCCGCUAGCCCUCAGGGCCCCAUGCCCCCAGAAGGGGCCCCUUUCUCCAGGCGCUUUGGCCUCCAGAAGACGGGAAGCUCUGGUGCCCUGGGUCCCACAGACGGCCGGGGGGCUGAGGGCACCCCUGGGGCUGGGCUGCAGCGCUCAGCUUCCUCCUCUCGGUUGGAAGGGACCUCUGUUCAGGCCAAGGAGUCCUGUCUUGCCAGAAUUACGCCUACGCCCUCCCGUAAGGUGCCGCAGCCCUCUGCCCUGAUUCCGGAGCCUGAAUCCCCAGUGAAGCCCAGUGUCCCUGUAGCCUCUGCAAUGCCCCCAGCUGACUCCCGGGACCGGCGGAGGUCCUACCAGAUGCCUGUGCGGGAUGAGGAAUCUGAAUCCCAGCGGAAAGCUCGCUCUCGCCUCAUGCGCCAGUCUCGGAGGUCCACACAGGUGUGGGCGUGGGCGUGGGCUGGGGCCUGGGCUCCUGGAUCCUGGGAAAAGGGGUCAGGGCUCGAACUCUU